AUCCUUCCCCUCUCACUCAUAUGGCUUCUUCGCAAAUCCGAAUUUCCUCUCUCUAAAACUUUUCUCUCUCCUCUUCUCUCUCUUUCUCCCUACGAAUUCAUUUUUCUCGUUUCUUUACCGAGAAAGUUCAUUCACAUUGCCGAUCUGUGCUUGCUUAUCUCUUGAUUCCGCUCUGAUUCUUUCGAAUUCUCACACGCGGUUAUCACUUGUUCUCCAAUGUAUGGGCUCAGUUUGAAGUCGGUUUAGUCAAACUGAACAUGGAUAUUCAUCUAAAAUGAUAAAGACUUCACCCGGACACUGGGUUUUCUGAAGUUAGCCAUCUCUUUAUGGAAUCUGUUCCAGUCUCUCUGAAGUGUUAUUUAUAGUGCUGUAAUUCUAGCAAUGGAAAGAUAUAAAAUUUUGAGAGAGCUCGGGGAUGGUUCUUGCGGUCAUGUAUAUAAAGCCCGUGAUAUGCGAACAUACGAGAUUGUUGCUGUCAAAAAGUUGAAAAGAAAGUUUUGUUUCUGGGAAGAAUACACAAAUUUAAGAGAAGUUAAGGCCCUCCGUAAAAUGAAUCACCCAAAUAUCAUAAAGUUGAAAGAGGUUGUUAGAGAAAAUAAUGAACUAUUUUUCAUUUUUGAAUACAUGGAUUGUAAUCUUUAUCAAUUAAUAAAGGAGAGAGAAAAACCCUUUUCAGAAGAAGAGAUACGGUGCUUUGUGAGGCAAAUGCUGGAAGGACUUAGUCAUAUGCACAAGAAAGGAUUCUUUCAUCGGGAUUUAAAACCUGAGAAUUUGCUGGUAACAAAUGAUGUUUUGAAAAUUGCUGAUUUUGGACUGGCUAGAGAAGUAUCAUCGAUGCCUCCAUAUACUCAAUAUGUUUCCACACGGUGGUAUCGAGCUCCAGAAGUUUUGUUGCGAGCCCCUUCUUAUACUCCUGCUGUCGACAUGUGGGCAGUUGGUGCUAUAUUAGCUGAGCUUUUUACUUUGACCCCUUUAUUUCCUGGUGAAAGUGAAAUAGAUCAAUUGUACAAAAUAUAUGGCAUUCUUGGGAUGCCUGAUUCCUCUGCUUUCACCAUCGGGGCAAACAACUCUCAAUUAUUGGAUUUGGUUUCUCAUGAAAUUGUUCCACCUGUGAAACUUUCUAACAUCAUUCCAAAUGCUAGUUCGGAAGCUAUAGACUUGAUGACACAACUGCUACAUUGGGACCCAUCAAGAAGGCCAGAUGCAGAUCAGUCAUUACAACAUCCAUUUUUCCAUGUGAAUGCAUGGGUUCCUUGUCCACUCAGUGAUCCACUCGAGCUGAAGCUGAGUAGCAAGAGGGCAAAGCCAAAUCUCGAGCUGAAACUGCAGGAUUUUGGCCCUGAUCCCGAUGAUUGUUUUCUUGGCUUGACUUUAGCUGUAAAGCCCAGUGUUUCAAACAUAGAUGUGGUCCAAAAUGUAUCGCACGGUGUAAGAGAGAACAUGCUAUUUUGCUCAGAUUUUAAUGAUCAUUCAGACCAGUCAGUAUUCUGGACCUUAUUAUCUCCUGAUCGAAAUGGUGUUGCUAACUCCGCAGAGACUUCACUGUCACUGUCAUUCAGUUCAGUGCAACAACAUCCGCCGAUUGGAGUUCCACAGUCUACGGGAUUUUCUUUUCAGCCUUUGCAGCCUAACAUCUUAACUACACCAUUUUUGGCACUGUCUUCUCCCUUCCAGCGCGGCCACUGCCUUUGAAUCACUCAACUUUGAACUCCAGCAGUAUGAUAUGGAAUCUUUAUCAUAUGCAUAUAAUACUUUUUAUUUAUUGAAAAUUAAUAUUUUGUGUACAGUUCUGUUUUCACUCAAAAUAGUUUCUUCACUCCUUGCCAUGAAAUAUAAUGUAAUUACCGAGCAAAUUCUAUAAUGAUACUUGAUUCCAUUCCUUAACUGUAACAUCACAAUUGAGACCGUGUAAUUCCGGAACUUAAAUAGAGAGCAUGAAAGACAUAUCAAAGUCCUUGUUUCUUUAAUAUUCUAAAAA